AUGUGCACCGAAAUGGAGGCACAUUUGCCACUUAUUCCUCUGAGAAAAUGCCAGACUGCUCUCGAGAUUCGCAACACAAUGCCCUCACGUCGAGGUGAAGUACAAUCAAUGGUUUGUGUUUAUGCGAUUUUUCUUCUGCCAUUACCAGAAAGUUGCGAUAGAAUGCGUCCAGACGGCAGCUCCCCGGACACAUCCGCCGGUGAAUGUGGUUCUUUUCUCGCCAAAUUCGCCCAUUGCCCCCUCAUCAAUCACCAGAUAGAGGGCCUACUGAGGGCGAAUUUCAAUAUCUCCACCCAAAAAUACGACAUUCGCUUGGCAUGCUCAGAAAAAGGUUGCUUUGUCUGGCACCAGCUCAGACGAGUGAGAUAA